AUGGUAAAGGUCGGCAUCAUCGGGGGCUCGGGCCUGGAGGACCCGCAAAUUCUGCAGAAUCCACGGAAAAUCGAUGUGGACACCCCGUUUGGAAAGCCGAGUGAUGUCCUCAUUGAAGGAGAAAUCGGAGGUGUUCCUUGCGUGCUGCUGUCCCGCCACGGCCGAAACCACGAAAUCAUGCCCACCAACGUCAACUACAGGGCGAAUCUAUGGGCAUUGAUGGAAAGGGGCGUCACUGUGAUCAUCGCCUCCACAGCUUGCGGCUCCCUUCAAGAAGAAGUCCGGCCCGGGGAGCUCGUCUUCCCGACCUCCGUUUUUGAUCGAACUCAUCGCCGCGUCCAGACAUUCUUCGACGGUGAGCCCGGUCACCCGCCAGGCGUCAUCCACCUUCCAUCAGAGCCGGUGUAUUGCGAGAAGCUGCGCCAGCUGUUGAUGCAAUGCGCCAAGGACCUGGAGUAUAAACAUCACGAUGGCGGCUUCGGGGUUUGCAUCGAGGGACCGAGAUAUUCGACAAAAGCCGAAUCCCUCGUCUACAAAAGCUGGGGCGCGUCGCUGGUGUCGAUGACGUUGAUCCCGGAGGGUCUCCUCGCCAAAGAACUCGGAAUUCCGUACGCGAACGUGACCCUCGUCACCGAUUAUGACUGCUGGAAGGAGGACAGUCAUGUAACCAUGGAGGCCGUGAUGGAGACGUUCGCCCAGAAUGCCCACAAGGCCAUCUCCAUCUUCAUGAGGGCCGUGGUGCAGAUCGGGAAGGAGGACUGGACCGAGGAGAUUCGGGCGGCAAAGAAACUGGCCCGCCAAGCGGUGAUGGUCGCGAAAGAAGUUAAGAUUCCUCAUCUCGAGCCGGAUCUC